AUGGCGUAUUGGCUUAUUGGCCUUGCCCUUAUCGCCGUUUCUGUCAUCACCACCAAGGUUCUGGCAUGGAGGCGACUGCGGCACAUCCCCGGCCCGUUUUGGUGCGGCUGGUCUGAUCUGUGGAUGCUCCGGCGAGCUUUCAGAGGGUCACUGUAUGAGGAUCUUGAUCACUUAUGCCACAAAUAUGGGCCUCUUAUCCGCAUCGCCCCCCACUACUUGAUUUGCGGCGACCCGAUUGAGAUUCGCCGCAUAUGGGGAGUACGCUCUCAGUUCGAUCGAGCACCAUGGUUCAAAGGGUUUCAGCUCGAUCCACCAAACGACUGCACCCUGUCCAUACGUGACAACACCUUGCACGCCGCGCUCAGAUCCAAACUUCUCCCGGGCUACUCAGGAAAGGACAUUGACGGUCUGCACGAGUCGAUCGAUCAGGAAAUAGCGAAAUUCAUUCACUUCAUAGAGGGCAAAUAUCUCUCGACCGAGACGGAUUUCCGCCCAGUUGAUUUCGCUCGUAAGAUCCAGUUCUUGACCUUGGACCUCAUCUCCACAUUCGCAUUAGGACGGACAUUUGGCUUCAUGGAUAGAGACGACGACCUCUAUGACUACAUCAAGACGACGGAAGAGUCACUUCCUCUCAUGCAGAUGAUAGCCUUACUGCCAUGGCUCCUGAGCGUCCUACAGUCACCUCUAUUCAAAGCGAUCCGUCCCACGCAUACUGACGCCCUGGGACUCGGCAAGAUUAUGGGGCUUGCCAAAGAAAUUGUGGCCGAGCGAUACGGCGAUGCAAAGAUUGUCAAACGAGACAUGUUGGGAUCCUUUGUUGCUCACGGCCUUACGCAAAAGGACGCCGAGUCAGAGUCUCUCGUCCAGAUCGUGGCGGGCUCUGACACCACCGCCACGGUGAUCAGGAUAGGGAUCUUCCACGCCUCGACGUCGCCACUGGUAUAUCAAAAACUGCAAGAAGAAAUCGACAGGGGCGCCAAAGCUGGUCAGAUAUCCUCUCCAAUCAAGGAUGCCGAAGCACGGGCGCUUCCAUAUCUGCAGGCAUUCAUCAAGGAAUGUUUCCGGAUUUGGCCUCCGAUUACUGGCAUCGUUCCUCGCAUGUCAGACACAGACGCCGUGGUCUGUGGCUAUCGGGUUCCCGCCAACACAAACGUCGGCUGGAGCGCACGAUCAGUAAUGCGAGACAAGGCUGUAUUUGGCGACGAUGCAGACUUCUUCGCCCCUGAGCGAUGGCUGCGUACCCAGGGCGAGCAGCUUCGAAUCAUGAAAAACACCGUUGAGCUUAUCUUUGGUCAAGGCAAAUGGGGUUGUCUAGGCAAGCCUAUUGCCUUGUUGGAGCUGAACAAGGUAUUUGUCGAGCUUCUACGACGAUUCGACUUUACCGUUGUCAAUCCAGCCCAUCCAAUGAACACCUUUGACUACGGCGUCAUGACACAGUCGAACCUCAUGAUGAAGAUCACGAGGCGUCAGAGUCCAGUGUAG